AAUUAAAAUACACGAACAACAGAUAGAAAGAUAGCCCUGGCAUCAUUUUGUCCUUCGCCAAAUGAUCACCUACGGUUGGAAGACCUCGUCACCGCUUGCCAUCCGUCACUCGCCUGUCGAACCCAAGGUGGAACGGCAGAGAUGUUGCAUCAGGACCAGGGAGAACGCAUUGACCGCCAACUGAAAACGCCUUGGGGAUGCCUCUUGAUACAUAGCAUGAUGACUGACCAUGUACGCGGACAACAUACAUGACCAGGUUUAUUUUAUGGACUGGCGCAAAGUACUCUGUAAGAGAAGCGACAAAUGCUCGGUAAUCUCGGGCGUUCUCAAGCCGACCCUGCUUGACCAAGUCUUCCCGUCCGACUGUAUAAGCACGAGAUCUGACGUUAAUUAUUCGCUUCGCAUUGUCCGCAGGCUCUCAUUCUGCAACCAGCCUGCUUUUGCGGGUGAAGCUGGCGUGAGAGAGGCACCUUUGGGGAUUUGAUAGAUAGGCGAUUGGCUCCCUUCCACGCCAAGAAACGACAGACGAUGGUCGAAGCUGAGCGGUGAUGACGAAGGGAAGAAGCAAAAAAGGAGACGAAGGAAAGCAAGCUCGGGAUGGAUGGAUGCGAUCCACCCUGCGUUGCAUUUGGAUUUUAAGGAUUUCCGAAUCUGAAAUCUCGCCAAAUGCGCGGCUCUCAUUGGUGCAACGCGGCGCAUAAUCGACAGCGUCCCCGUUUCACCUCUAAACAUGCAUCGAGCAUUAUUACUGAACACAGCAAAAUCUGGCGAGGUUACUUUCGACAGGCGUACUCCAACCUUCCAACGGCACAUCUCGAGUGUGCGGAUACCAUAGUGGUCAAGGACUCCAGUGCAGGUUUCCCGCCCAAGCCCGUUCCUGCGGCGUUCCCCCCAGGGUGUGACAGGCCUGAUGCAAACACGAGUCUAUCACCAUUUGAAUACUCAGCAGGCUGGCCAAGUGGCUUCCGUUCGUUCGGCCGGGACCGCUGGCUGUGAUGCAACUUGGGUGAACUUGGUAUUAACCAGGCUGCUUAAUGUCGAUUUUUCUUCCGCACAUCCUUUUUACUGGCGCAGCUGCUUACCACAACUUUUCAGUACAGUAUACGACCAAAGACGAAAUGGGAGGGUGGCCUGGAAUAUACCCCUAAUACCCCUACCAACCAUCCAUACAUCGAACCCUGUGGAUGCUUGGGGCAUUAGUCCGAUGAUCAAAAGCAUAAUUUACCAGACCUGUGGCGCUUGAAUUUGACACAAGCGAUUCCCUUAACGUUAAAUCUGCCUAUCGUGCUCUAUCCACAUUUCAUGGUGGUUUGAUAGCUCUUAGCGUCUCAAGGCCCGUUUUAUAUAGGUAGGGAAGGCUGCAGCACAUUGCUCGGACAUAAUGGAGGGUUGCACUUUUUCGACUUCAGUGAGGAAGCAAAACAUAUAUAUACAGUUUCUUAUAUACACACAAUGACUGCCUUCGGCUUCAUCCCCAAGAGUCGUAUCUCUUCAUGUAUUGGCCAGGAUUCCCGUCGUGGUCAUCAUAACUUGUCAAAUAUGCAACGGCAAUGCAGUACUCCACCAUACCCUUAUGUUAUGCAAAUUUCUACUACAACGAUGGUCUCAGUUGGUUUUACCGGGAAGGUGCCUCGCAAUAACAAAAACACUUCUUCUAUUGAUGGAUUUAUUCAGCCCCUUUUCCCCAACCAGAAGGUUUUGGACAUACAAACUUAUGACGAAGACCCGCAUCCGCACUAUCUCCUACAUAUGUCUGGAGGAACUGAGCUCGCAUUGAAAACAUCGACACGCCAACCAGAAACUGUUCUAUACCAUGAACAGCAUGCUCUCGAAGUUGAAGCUCACGUCUUAUUGUUACUUGAACCGAGCGGAAUAUGGUGCAUCCCAAAGCUUAUCCGAUGUGAGGUAGUUCCGUCAUCUCCAGCGGUAACAUUUCUUUUACGUUACAAGUGUCCCGGCACGCCUCUUUCGGAAAUCAAAGAAAAGUUGACGUCAGAUGAGCUGAGACGCAUUGACACGCAACUCGGUAUUACUGUCGAUCGAAUUGGACAGCAUACCGCUAUGAAAUUCGGCCCUGUUUAUGAUAUAUGCGUGGGAAGAGGAGAACGGACUUGGAAACGAGCAUUUCUUAAUCUCCUUGAAUCACUUCUAUGGAAUGCCGAAAAUAUGCUUAUUUCAUUACCGUAUUUUGAGAUUCGUCAUCAAGCAAAUCGUCUGUCCUCUGUUUUUGAUGAUGUUACGGAACCACGUUUGAUUUUAUACAAUAUCAGUCAGCCUUCCCAUAUCAUUAUCGACCCUGAGACUAAAGAUAUCAGCGGAAUUAUCGAUUUCACUGCUGCGACCUGGGGUGAUGUUCUCAUGACCGACAUAUUUGAAAACCCUUCCCCAGAAAUUAUCAGUGGGUACGGGUCUGACCCUACCCGGGGUAGAUUCGCAUCUAUCCGUUUACUCUUUUACUCCUGCUAUCGCAAUAUCCUCAAAAUAGUGAAGCAAUACUAUCGAAAUCAGCCCCAUGAGGAGGAGCUUCGAGUCCGAAAGAAUUUGAUGUCGGACCUUGCCUCUAUAGCAGAGUAUACCCCAUGAUACUCUUUCUUUCUAUCUUCCAUCUUUCUUGCGAUUUGUAUUGAAACACAUGGAGCAACUCUGUUUGAUUCGGGUCGCCUAGGGUUACUGCUACGGUGUAUAAUAGAAGGAACACAUCGGAGCUGGGAAAAAUGGGCUUUGGGAUGGAUUUGGAGAGGCGUUCGCUCGGGAUUUGGAUUCCAGCCCCUUCUGCUAACAAGGCGAGAUAAAAGCAAAGCUGCAAGAUGACUAUCCAAGCACCUCUUGUGUUUUCUACUGUUUUUGUUUUAUACUGUGUCGACAAAUAACUAGCGGUUAUCGAAAUGAGGUCCAUGCCCCUUCACGUGCAUUUAAGCUGGUGAGCUUAUUUACUUGACGUCAGCCGCCAAGAGCGCGAGCCAGAAACGCCUUUCGCUUCUAAUCGCGAACGACUUCGUUUUGUCUUGGUUGCUGGCGAUCUGAAUAAAACCAUCCCAGUAUCGGAGUACGUGCGCUCGUUAACGCUUUAGUUAUAGAGAUGGCCCAUUUUUUACGAGGAAAGCAGGCUGGCAUCCAGAGUGAUCUCUCCGGGAGCCUCUCGCCAGAAAGCUUCCUCAUAGACGAGGUGAGUCCGUCGAGUUAGAGAGGACUGGAUGCACACCAGCCACCCCUAUGAGUGCUGCAUAAUGUGAACUAACCCGGCACUCUCUCAGGUGGCUCGUUAUGGUAUAAAUUCCCGAAUCAGCGCCA